GAUUAUCAAUCAUGUCAACAACAAACGCCAAGCGCAAGCGCGCGAGAAAGGCAUGCAUCCCCUGCCAUCAGCGCAAGCGGAAAUGCGACACGGUGUAUCCUUGUGGAAUGUGCACGACCUACGGAUACAACUGCAGCUAUACCAAUGACGCCUCGCAUGGUUCGACCCCGCCGCCAACGCAGCGCGUCAGUCUCAACAAUAAUGAACUUGGUCUAGAGCACAGUCUGAGCAAUGCCAGCCCAUCUCAUAUCGAGCGGGAUCGCCGCAAAGGCGAUGACUCGUCGACGAAGAGUCCAGCCGUGCUGUCUGGUGCCAGCGCCAGCGUGGGGGCCGGCACAUCCCCGGGGAUUUUCGACGAGCAAAAGUUCAGGUACUCCGGGGCAUCAGCUGCAAUGGCAUUCCCGCACAUCCUGGGUGUAGCUCUGGGUUCUGACGCUCCGCCGAAGACGCGGUCGUUUGCUUACAAUUUCGGAAUUCGGCCCGAAGAGGCAUCGAAUGCGCACGUCUUUCUGGGAAACAUCAUCUCGGAUGAAGAUCUCAGUUUCUUUUCAGGCGUGUACUUCUCUGUACUGAGCCCCGUCACCGACGUGAUGGAUGCAAGAUUUUAUACGCAACGGUGUAGGGAUUACUUCCAUAGCCCGGGCAGCAAUGCCAAUGGCAUCGCCUUUGCCGCCGUCGCAGCUGGCAUUGCAGCCCUCGGAUCUUUUCUUUCCCCAAACAGACACCCGCGCGAAUCUGACCUGGUCCAGUACGCCAAAGCCAUUCUAGACGAUCCCGCCUCGAUGCGUCUGCACGGGAUCGACCACAUCGUCGCGUGGGGCAUGCGGGUGCUAUAUCUACGAGCCACGACCCGGCCGAGCAACGCGUGGAUCGCAUCAUGUACACAGAUGCACCUCUGCGAAGCGUUGGGGUUGCACGAGGAAGAGACUAUUAAAAAGAUCGCGUCGCUCGCUGGCGCCGCUCUUCUUGGCCAUGACGCGGAUCGGCUAAGAAGGAUCUUCUGGUGCUCGUGGGCUGGACAUGUUAUGUUGUCCUACGAGUACGAUCGGUCGCCUGUGGCGUUUCGGUCUGUGACCUGCCAGCCGAUCAUCUCUGUGCCGGGGUCUAUUACGGAUCAGUUUGUCCGGCUGAUUCAAAUCAUCCCAUCGCCGAAUUCUCCACUGCACCUCGAAUUGCCUCCCUCGCCGUCGCCAGGUGAAGAACUAUUUAGUCGUCUCAAAGCACUAGAUACCCUCACAUACACGCACCCCUUUCUCAUCGUAACAAAAGCCGAGAUAGCCUUUUGCUUCUACCGCCGCCUCUACCACCUUAAAACGCACAUCCCCGACUCCAUAAUCCGACUAAUCAUCACCGCCGGCAACGCCGCUGUCGCUGCAGCAGAGCAGCAAGUAAGCCAGGGGAGACUCUUCUGGAACGUCAUAGGCAGCGUCUUUCAGUAUACAUGUAUUCUGCUCUCCAUGGACUGCCCGGCGGCAUCCCCGCAAAUCGGGGGCGCGUUUAAGGGGUUAGAGAAUAUUGUCAGGGCGGCGGAUACGGUGCUUACCCGAGAAGCGUUGUCUGUUGCGCGGCACCUGCUUAGCUUGAAUAUAGCGAAGAGGAGGAGGGAACUUGCGCAGCUCGAGGCCGUUGAGGCGGGGUACGAGUUUUUACUGGAGGAGGCGCCGCAGCUGUCCGUACCGGUAUCUGGAUCUGAGGCGGACGUGGGCAGUAUGCCAGCCGUGCCGGAUGAUGGUUGGAAUUUGGAUUGGGAUCAGUUCUUUAUUGAGCCGUAUUUUCCACUGUUUGGGGGUGAUGUGCAGUUCUGAGGUUUGAAC